GGGAGCAAUGAUAAAAACAUUGAGUAAAUGAUAAAGGAAGAACUAGGCUAACAAUACAUGUAGCCCAAAAAUUUGUAUUAUUAUGUUGCCUAGAAAAGGAUGGAGAUGUGUGGCUGGCCGGUCUGCAUUCCGUCUUCAAUCAGAAAUGCAAUAUACUGGCAAAGGACCAUCCAGGUUAACUCAGGCAAGUGAAAGAAGGGGGUUCAGAGGUUUGUCCCUUGAAACUCGGUCACUAUGUCCCUUAGUGUCAAUAUGGCAAAAAAUACCGCGACGCAAUUGCUUGCUCUGCAGUUUCUACAAUCUACGUGUAUUUAUUUAUAAAGAAUGGAAUACAACAACAAACACAAUAGACUAAAGGUAGAGAUCUGAGUUUUGUUAUAUUUAAGUUUGAAGAUGAAAUUGAGGAGGCCUAGCCUACAAAAAAAAGUGCUACAUAACAAUAAAAAUAGUAGCCUCUACUCUGCCUAAACUUAGACUUAAUUAAAUAAAACAACCCCUAAAAGCAAAGUUUUUCCUAAAAUCCUUUUAAAAAAAUGUAAUAUCGAGAAAUGAGGGGGUGGUAAUGAAAAUUUCACAUGACAUAACAGACAUACAAGUAGUUAAAGUAGCACACUUUACAAGAAUCCCAAUAAGUGUCUUCCCCCCCCCCUUUUUUUUUUCCCAACUGAUAUACAAUACAAGUAACACUUAACUUUAUAAUUAUAAGAAUCCCAAUUAGUCGCCCCUCACCCAGGCUUGCAACAGCACAAUUUAUCCAUGCCCCUGAAUCAUAGUAUAAUUAUUAUUCUAAUGACCCACCGACUUUUACACAGAAGAUUUAUUUCAAAACUAUUUCAGAAAAAAAAUAUAUUACUCACCAUACGCCCUUGCAAUAUUUUUAUAAAAAGAAUCUCAUUUAGCGCAGUUAUCAGAAAUUUUAUUUUGUGAAAUCAGCGUCAUCAUAUUUCAUUCAUUUGCUCCUUGAAAAAUGGGGAAAAUUUAUUUUUGGGCAAUUGGUUGGGGAGUGGGGCUGAAAAUUCUACAGCAUGUGUUGUCAUUGGCAACAAGUCUAUGUGUCAAUUUUAAGCUCAAUAAGUUGACGGGAAGUGUGUCACUUAGCCAUCUGAAGAUUUUGUCAGCAAACCACGAUCAAAAGCGAAGUAAAUAUAAAGGAUUAAAAAAUCUACUCAUUCUACUCUGAGUCUACUGAGUGCUAGUAAUCAAUGACACCAGUAAGUAAUAGAAAUACAAAUACUGAAGUUCAAUGGGCUUCCAACUGUUGCACAGUAGAAUAUUUGAUAGUUAUUUAUAGUAGUAAUAAAUCUAUAAAUUAUUUAAUAGGAAUUAAAAGAACAUUACUAACACUGUAGUUGUUAAGAAUUACAUUCAUUAUCAUUAACCGAUUUGUAAUUACUGUUAACUACUCAAAUUAGCUGCAACCAUGCUGUUACCAUACUACUCGGUCUUACUAUUAACUUUUAACAAAUGAUAUCAAUGAAACCGCAUUCAAUUUGUUUGCGCCAAAAUCAUGUAAAGACAGUAUAUUUCACCUUUUUUUUUUUGGCCUGGUGAAGUAAAAAAAAAAGUAGUGUUUUUUAACUGCUGAGCUGGUUGAAUUGUGUGUACAGAAGUUUGAGUAUGUUUUUAAUCUUAAGUAUUGUUGGUCAACAGAGACAAAUAAUUGUUCAUAAAACUUAUUACAGGUCCCACAAUAGCCUUCAGUGUCUCAAGUGUUAAAUUGAACCCUUUAUGGCACUUGUCUUUUAUGUUUAAAUUAAUGUAACAUGCAAUAUAAUUUUUACACCCCCCUCCUCCUCCAUUAUGCCUUGAUUAUCUAUCUUUGUAUCUGACUUUCAAUUUAAAAAAACACACUUCAAACCUGGUUAUUCUUACAAUUUGGCUUACAAUGUUUGAUUUUGAGAUAUUUUUUUCUAUUGUGCACAGACCUGUCAGAAUUACAAAUUUAAGAGGCGGGUAAAUAAAAAUAUAUUUGGCAGCUUUUAUGAUUAAAAAUAAAAUAUAAUUUCUGUUAGUUUUAGCCCCUUUCGACAUUUGGCAGUGAAUGGAAUUAGAAAUAUGAUUGGUUUGAAAGCCAUAAAAUAACACCGCCACGUUUCAUAAUGAUGGUGAUGAUCGUCAUAUUGUUUCAUUGCAUUUUCACAAUGAACAAAAUAUGCUAACAGUAACAUUAGCAUAGUCUCCAUAGUGACAAGUUUUAGUCAACAUUUGCUUUUGUUUUCUUUGGUGCUUUAUGACGUAAUUUUUUUUACAUAAUUAUUUCGUUCUUUGGCUAAACUGCAGCAAUUGAGAAAAUGGAGAAAACUACAGAUUUUUUUUUUUAAAUUCAUUUCCAACUGCUCCGCUAAUUAGCACUAGAUUUUGAAAUAUUUUAAAAGAUCUAGUAAGCUGAAUUUGAAAUCUAAUUUUAGCAGUCACUGAGCAGCUGUACAAUUUUAAUACACCAUCUCUGCUUUUCCCCCUUUCUCUCAUUACAGCUCGCAGUAGUUAUUAGCAUUAAAUAUGUAAUGCAAAACUAUAUUCAGUCAUAGGCCUAAGUGCAACCCUGCAUUUUUGAAUUUAUAAAAAAAUUCUGGAAAUUCAUGCGGGUGAAUUCUGCGGGCGUCCCCUAUUUCCGCUCCCCACCCUAUUUUAGUCUAAAAUUAGUGAUCACACGCACAUUUUAAUUUUGCAAUAAAGUGCUGUAUAUAAAUAUAAUUAGCGUCAGUCAUCUACUUUGGAGAGGGACCUUUUUUAGACAUGCUGUGAUAAUAGUAUUGUAUACAUAAUACUGUAUGGUUAUUUAUUUACUAUUACAAUAUGGCAUUGUACUAUUUUGAGAUGGUAAAGCACUAUUCUGGAAAGAUUGGACCAUUUUGAUAGUUGGAGAGUAACCAGGUCUGACACUUCAAGUUUUUAUUAGUUUUGCUAGUAGCACAUCACGUAAAUGUGUAUUCAAAAUAUUUUAAAAAGGAAAUUAAUUAAUGUCACAUUUAAUUUUGUUUUAUAUUCUGUUCACAUAUUUUGUUUUUGUUAACUAUAUCGAUUCCUAAAUAUUUACGAACUCACAUAUUUUCACAUGCAGCUUCCACGACAUCUACUAAACAACAUUCCGGAAGGAAAUGAUGUAGUUGACAUAAUUUUUGCACUAGACAGACUCAGUGUUCAACAUUGUACAGAACGAAAUACAAACUCUGAUCCUAAUAAUGAUGAGGCUUUCAUUGAACUAAAGGUAUUUUAUUGGUAUACAUAACUGUUGAAGUUUUAAAGCAAAAUAAUUAAAAGUUAUAAAAUAACCUAAUUGGUGAAAAUAAAUAUUUUGUAAUUCACAGAGACAAAUAAGUAAACAGGCACUCAAAUUGUUUAUAGACAUUAGUAAAAUACUACAUAAAUUUUCAGGCAAGUCGUUUUACUUAUGUUGUCAAAGUAAUGUUUCACUUAACAUUGUUCGGGUUUAAAAAUCAUGUAGGUGUAAUUUAUCGUUUUAAAAAUUUUCCUUGGUGUUUCAUGUUUCAGAAGGUCCUAGGCAUGUUAAUGAGUUUUGAACCCAGGCGUCCCCAUGGUAAUGAUGUACAAACAAACGAUGAAAAUCAAGAUAAAUUUGCAAAGAAUUUUUCUAAUUUAGGUGGUGUUGAGGUAUGAUUCAAUAUGAAUUAAUUGGGCUUAAAUUUGCCUCGGGCAGUCAACUAUUAAUGGUUUGACCUUCAAAGCAUUUAGCAUUAAUUUACUUAUUUAGUUAAAGCUGGACAGGGAAGUUGGGAGCAGAUGCUUUAUGUUGGAAUAAAUAGAACAAAAUGUUUGCCAAAUGUGUUAUUAUUGUAUAAUAACUCUUCACUCUAUUAUUAUUAUUAUUAUUAUUAAACCUCUUUAAGCUGUAAUGUUUGGUCUUAAAACUUUCUUUUCCUAAUCCCCCCACCCCCAUAUAUUUAUAUAUAUUUCUUUUUAAAUAUUUUUUUUACUUUCCAAGAUCAUGGUUAGAUUUUUAAUGGCUGGUACUGUGUUACCCAAGAUUGCGUUAAGUAGAGCAGAAAAAAAGGGUAAGGUUGCAUGGAAAACUAGUAUUUAAUAUUUAACUCUUUAACAUUUAAUGUUUCCUCAGACUCUUACUCGUAUUUUCCAUAGAAAAACUUUUCUUUGAAUUAAAUUAUAAACAUAAAUUAUAUAAUUACUUUUUAUUAGCACAAGUAAUAAACAGAUAACUUAAAUAAUUCCUUUUUAUCUACACAUUAAGGAUCUUGAGUAAUAAUGUCACAUAAUCACAUAUUUUGACAAUUUAAAAAAAAAAAUAAGCAAACAGUGAAUUUGACAUUGAAUUCAUAUAUGACUAUUUACUUACUUUCUACAGCACUUGUAUGUGAGGCUCCGCGAGCAUUAAGACUGAAAAGUCUUGUUUUAGAGAUAUUAAUUAAACUCAACACUGGGGUAAGAACACUGACUUGUCUUUCCUUUCACUUUUUCCUACGGUCAUAAGCUAAGGAAUAAACAUAAAAUUUAAAUGGAGAAAUAAUGCACAACCAUCCUCUACAAGUUUCUUUUAACGACUGCUAACAAGAAUAUGUAUGCAGGCCAAAGGCAGUCUGGACAAUAGUCAUAAUUACAUGAAAUAUAGUCACCAACUUAAAGGCGGGAAGGGCGUUCCUUAACAAACUCAAAUACAUUCAAUAAAACACAAUAUUCUGUGCGCAACAAUUACUAGUGAAUUCCCAUACUAGACAGCCCCCCACUAUAUUGCAAAAUCAACGCAGACUUUCUUUACUGGAAUUAUUUCAAAUGAGUUAAAAUGAAAGCAAUGAUUUCUGUGAUAUUCCAUGAGCUAGAAAUAACAUUAUUAGCCUUUGUGGUGAUGGCGAGGUGAGAGUCAAAUAUUGACAAUUUUAGCCCAGGCUUAGUCGUAUCAUUGCAGAUAAAUUCAUUUGGGAAAGGGUGGAAAUCGAACAGAAAAGACAAAUAUUAGAUAAAAACACAAUUUUUUUAAUGCCAUUAGAGAAGAUACCUUGUUCAAUGUAGUUUCAGAAAAUAUAUACUUUUAAGGGUCUCUGAGUUCAUUUAGUAUAGGAUAUUGACAUUUUCAACAAGCAAAUGAAAAUGCUAACAACUGCUUGACACUACAGAAAAAAUGCAUUUGACAGCUAUGAGGUUAAAAAAGCCAUUUUUUCAAGCAAUAUUCAUUUUAAAAAAGAGUAAUACAAAGUGUGGUACAUCAUUUAGCCACGUAUGUAUUUUUUGGGCUGCAUUAUAAAAAUGUGCAAAUAUAUGUGAGCUGGAGUAGUGAAAUUUUUCAUAUCACUUUUCUGUUACUCAAAUAUUUUGUCAAUCAAUACAUGUUUUUUAAACACAAAUUUAAGGCUUAUUCAUUUCCGACCUUUCAGUGUGUGGCAGAGAAGGCACUUUCAAAAGAGCUUUUUUGUGAUGAAACAAUGAAUUACCUGUUUACACUGUUAGCCAACAAAAAAACAUUUGUAAAUGCUUGUCAACUUAUAGAAGAUAUUUUACAACAUAGGAAAGAUGUCUUAGAUUUGCAUCGGAUCAGUAAGUUAAAAAGAGUUUGUAUGAGUAAUUUGAAAUAUGUUUGUAGUAGUGAGCUACAAAAGACAUAAUAUGUAAUUAUAAUAUCCUGGUUAUCAAUCUUUAAUGCUGCAAGUUUCUGACUCUUUGUUGUUUUUUUAUGAUGCUUUUAUAAAUAAUGUGCUGCAUUAAGCAGGCUUUUUACUUGAUUUUAUGGAUGCCUCAGUUUAAAGCUGUAUAAAUGAGGUUUAAAAAUUAAUUUCGCUUUCUUCAAGUGCAUGUUAAAUUAUUUUACAAUUGCCUUUGAUAUAACAAUUUUUUAUCCAUUUAUUAAACCUCAAACUUUCCAAAUAUUUGAUGUCAUUACUAAUUUAACUAUUCUUAUCUCAAGCUAACCUGCGUGCACUUUUGACAUGUCUUGAUGACUCACAGUUAGCCAACUUCUGUAGGAUAUUAGCAGUGGCCAUCUCAGACUUAGAUAUAUAUGAAAACAAGUCUUCAUGUAAGUUCACAGACAUACACGAUAUGUAGGUUGCCUUGGGUUUAGUAAUAAUUUCAUGUAGUGUUAACCUGAGGAAGGAAUUCACUGUGGUAACCUACAGGUCUUAAUGAUUCUUUCAGUACGUCUUUUGCUUAUUGCUGUAACAACAAAAUAUGGGACUAACUUUCCAGAUAGAUAGUUUGUUUAAGCACUUGGGGACACUAUAGUUUGUGUAAGUACUUGAGGGACCCUAUAGUUUGUGUAAGUACUUGAGGGACACUAUAGUUGUGUAAGUACUUGAGGGACACUUGUGAAUAUAGUGGGUAAUCAAUCUCCUAUAGAGCCAUCUCACCGGCAGUUGAGUUCUUGCAGAAUAAGAAAAUAAGGUGGUGUCUCUUCUGGGUUAGGGAGUCUUAUUUCAGGUUUUUUUAUUAGAUAAAAUUAUGUUAAAACUUUACGAGCUACUAGUUUUUAAUAGGCCUCAAAAGCUAUUAGUCAUAAUUAAAAUGACUACAUUCUAAAAACUUCUUCCUUUCGUUGAUGCAAUUUAUAGGUGCAUUACGUAAUGUUUUAUAUUUGAUAUUGAUAUAUUUUGAACUGCCUCAGAAUCUACAUCAGAAAAAAAAAACUUUUUUCAAACUUUCCUUGUUUGGCCUGUUUACCUAUAUUUAAGAUCAAAUAUCUUAAUAUUUUACAGUUGAUCCUAUAACAAAUUUGGCAGUUUGUUGGACAUAAUAAGGUUUUUACUAAUUAUUUAACUAUUUUUUAUUUGCAGUAUUUGCACAAAAUAAACAGAAAAGGAGUAAAGGUUUUGUAAAUCUCCGAGAUAUUAAUCAAGGUAAAGAUGGCCUUCAUUCAAUCUUCUAACUUCUAAAUCAAAAUUCUGAUUUAACUUACACUGUAAAUCCAUGCAAGACACAUCAAACUAACAUGCACCCUGUGAGAGAAAUCAUGCUUCCAAUUAUUGGAAAGUCUAAUAUUAUUUUUCGUAAUAAGUUCCUGCUCUAGCAACCAAUGAAAUUUGAUUUAAUAUUAGUUUGUUCUUUUCAAAAAAAUUGGAUAUCUUUGAAUUUCAUUAAUGUGGGUGAAAAAAUUAUUUAAAUCAGAUAAUUAGAACAAAAGUUGUAAGCAUUUUAAAAUUGUGCAUAAUUAGGUAAUUUUGUUUAUACCUUGACAACUUUAAAAAAAAAAAAAUACUUAUAUUGCUUUUAUUUAUAAAAUAAAAAGACUGUUAUUUUUGGAAUAGAGCAUACUUCAUAGAUAAAUAGUUUUCUAAUAUUACGUUUUUUACCAAAAAAAUUAAGAUUUUAUGGGUUUAACCUGCUAAUACAUGACUAUUUACAGUAUUAAUAAUUAUUCCCUUGAAUUUAAAAGAACUUAAUCUUUAAAAUUAAAAGACAUAAUUCCUCUUUCUUAGCUAAACAGUUCUUAAAUCUCGUUGCAUUUAUUACUUAUUUUAAAUUUUAAAUAAACAUCUAUUGUGAAUUUUUUUUCUUAUGAUUUAGAAUUAUUACUGGGCAUACCUGACUUAUUACCUCGUCUUGUACAGAUUGCCAUUAGUAAAGAAUGUGAGUAUACAAACUUGUUUAUUGCAAAUACCACAUUUGUGAAAAAUGGGUACAUUAAUAAAAAAAAAAUUAUAUUCAUAUAUUAUUAUUAUUAUUAUAAUUAAAGUGGUCUUAUUUACCGCGGUACCCCAGCCUAGGGCAAGGCUCAACGCACUUGAUUUAAAAUUAGCACACAAAAAGCAACCCCAAAAAAAAUACAAUUUAGUCAAGUUUUCUUAUAAUUUAGGUCACUGUUAUCAAGAUCUAUAAGACAAAAUUAUAUUCUCUUUGCAAGGCUUUAAAAGUGUAUCAUCAUUUUCUUUUGAGUUUAAAGAUAAAAAAUAAGAAAGUUGAUAAAGCAAUGUACUCCUUCAUUUUUAAACAUUUUUCUCUUUAAAAACUAGAAUUUUGUUAAAAUUGUAUAUACAGAUUUAAAAGAAUUAAGCAUCAGAUACUGCUUUCAUGGUGGUAAAAAACUAUACCUUCAGUGCCUUAAACCCCCCCCCCCCCCCCCCCCCCCCCCCCCCCCUCCCUUUUUCUUUUUAAAGUGCAUAAAUCUUGGUAUUUGAUAUUAAGUAAUGCCCAUAGGAAACUCUGCAAACCUUUCUGCUCUAAAGUAUUUUCUAUGUACCACAAAAUAGAUACACCACGCUAUAGGGGAAUGCCUAGUGAGCUGGAUUGUUGGAUGGAGUGGAUUGAUAACCAAAUGGCUGAUGAAGUGUAUGAGCCACAAGCUUCUGAUGAUUUUGAUGAUUUUGUUGGAGGUCAGUGCUUGGCCCUUUGGACAUUGGAAAAGGGAUUUCAAUGUUUUAUUCUAAUUAUUUAUAUGUUAUAAAAUUAAAAGACCUGUUUCGUCUUACGACUUUGGCGUACAAUGUACGAUUUUGAGAUGUCUUUUACAAUUGUACUCAGUGACCUGCAAUUUUAAGGGUCCGGGUUAAAAAUAUAUUCAUUCCAAUAGUUUUUCUGAUUAAAAAAGAAAAAAAGUAUAAAAAAGAACAUUUUCGGUUGUUAGUUUUCACUUACAUUUGCAUUCAACAUCCAGCAAUGAAUGAACUUGCUAGAAUAGGCAACCGUAAUAUUAGUGUAGUUGCCCCAUGUCAGUUUUGGUCAAUUCAGGCCCACCCUUUUGAGGAAGGGUGUCGAUUUUUAAGAUUUUGCCUACACGUGUGGGAGGGGAGUCUUGGCAAAAAGUAUGUACGUUAUUAAAAAAUUUGGCUUUUUUGCAUGGGUACAAUAUAGAUGGCCCCUUGCGUUUGUUUGCUUUGGCGCUUUUUGAUGUAAUUUAGUGACAAUUAUUUCUUACGGUUGAACAGCGACUAUUCAGAAACAGAGGAAAAUAGAAAGUGCAUUCUCAACUGUUACGUACAGCAACAUUAGAUUUUGACCUAUUUUAUAGGAUCUGAGAGGGCCUUUGGAAUCUAUUUUUAAAUGUACAAAACAGCUGUAUGAUUUUUAAUACCCCCUCUUCUUUUCAACCAUUUACGCUUGUGGCAGUUAUCAGACUGUAAUAUCUAUUUUUAGAAGCUACCUUUUUUUGACACCAGCUUAACUCGAUUCCACUAGUCACUUGAUGGGAAUCGUUAUUGUAUUUAUUAUAUAUACUGUAUGUUUAUUUACUAUUAAGUUACUGUAUAUUUUUACGAUUUUUAGAUGAUAUUGUGCCAUUUUAGAUAUUUGAGAUUAAACAGGUCUGUAAAAUUAUUUCAGAUCUAUACUUAAUUUGAACAUUUUUUUGUUCCAUUGAAAUAAUUAAUAUAUAGAGCUUAUUUUAAUCUUGCCAUUUAACCUCAAGAAACAACUGAAGAACAAAAAGCUUAUACAGAGAAACCUCUGUUUAUAAACUGAAAUGCAUCUGUAUUCUCUAACAAACUUUCUUUGACAGGUGUAUCUGAACCAACAUCAGAGGGUCAUCCAAUGGUGGCCCAACAGGCGCUGACCAUCACAGAGGAACUAGUCCAGAGGGUGGAGGUUGUUUAUGUCCUGGGCUUAUUUUUGCUAGGGAAGCAUAGAAAAAAGGUUGGUUGUAAAUCCUCGCAGACUAUUUAAUGCGAGCAAUUCGUGGAGGUGUUAUUUAUGGAUUUGUUGUAAAAUGCAGUACUUGUACUGAUGGAUAUAACAUGCUGGAGCUCAAGAGUCAAUUAGAUGGCAGGAUUGAACCUACACACAGACAGGCUCAUCAGUGGCUUUGGAACAGUUAAAUUCAAAAUUUGAUGCUUAAAAACUGGGUUGACCUGUGGUUUUUAAUGAUUAUAAAGGUCAAAGGUAAUGCUUUAUAGUUGAUAUAAUUUAAAACUGAAAUAGUUCAAAUGGAAAUAAAAAGAAUUAAAUAAAUUACUGUAAAAAAAGCCUCAUUUUUUUGAAUACCUAUACCUUUUUUUUUUUAAACUUACAUAGGUGCAGAGAAAACUGGCUGAAUUGAAGCUUGCAUCAGGUUUGAGUGACUUAUUCGACCAAUUUAUCUGGAAGUGUCAGGUGUAAGUGGAAACAUGCAAAAGUUUUCUUUUAGUGUUAUUUGAACUCUCACUGGUGUUAGCUAACAUUGACUGUUUUGUCAGGGUUUCCCUUAUUGUAUUGCAGUUAUAUAAACGGUGCUGACAAUUUUAGCCUUUUUUACAUUAACAGAGGUCGCUCACAAACAAGGCAUCGAUUAAGAGGACACAAUUCCUCGUGCGAGUGUAGUCCGGUAAGUUAAUUAUUAAUAAUUUAAAUUUCAUUUCAUAAUCGAAACCCCCUUUAAAAAAAAUUGGUCCAGAAAAUCUUUACUUCCUCGUAGUUUUGAUUAUUAUAAACCUAGCAUUAUUUUACGUUCCUUUACUUUAAAUAAUGUGUUAAAUUUGUGUCAUUUACUUUCCAGGAGGUGGCACUCAAAAUUCAGUUUUUACGGCUCGUGCAUAGUUUCUGUGAUCACUCAGAGUGAGUAAUCUCUGCAUUGUUAUGACAAUAUUUAUUUUUAGACUUUAUUUUAAUGGCUUAAAAACAACCAUUUUGAACCUGUAAAUUUUAUGAAUCCUUAAUUGUUUUUGCCUAGCAUCAUGGAUAAUAAAUUACCUUUUUUAAUUCUUGACUGAAAAUUUACUUUUUUACAUUAUGGAUAUUAGAUAACCCUUUUUUUAAUCCUCGACUGAAAUAUAAUGACUUUUUCUCUGUUAAUAUGACCGAAACAAUAAUUUUGUUAUAAUUUAAAGAUUAUUCUGUCUUUUUUCCUUCCUCCAGUUUCAAGCAUUUAUUGUUGUCUAAAAGUGAACUUAAUGAAGUGAAAAAAAUUAAUAGUAAGUAAUUUUUUAACAGUAUUUUAAUAGUAGUCAUUGUAAUAAUUACCUAGAAAUUUCUCUUCUUGGCUUAGUUGGAAAGACAUUUGCCCGUGUCGCGCUUAAACGAUUGCAGAGUCUGGCUAAUCGCAUCUACCCAUAGGCCCAGUAUGGUUUCCGAAGUGGUCGUUUAACUAUAGACAUGAUAUUUUCGCUACACCAAUUGCAGGAGAAGUGUCAUUUACAUUGCUUUCAUUAGAUACUUCGAUGAAACAAGGGAGACUACUAUUUUUUUUGUAUCCAAAAUGGGCGUCUGCGCCGAAAAAUCCGAGUUUUUAAUUUUCCGAUGUGUGUUUCUAUUUAAUAUUAAAUUAGUUCUUUCCACAUAUAUUUGAGUUCCGUUUCCGGGCUUAUAAUUUGGAAGACAUCUUGGCCUACAUAUCUAGCCAGCUAUUUUGCUUUUUUCAAUCGACCUUUAUUUUGAAAAUUUUGGUAUAUAUAAGGCAUCUUCGCAUACAAAAUUGUUUGUGAAAUAAUGAGAUAAGGCCCUUUUUGAUUAAAUCUGUAUGAGCAUUAGAUAUUGAUCUAUAUAUGUGCCAAGUUUCAUUGAUGUAGGUCGUGUCUCACGUUUGUUACGCUUGUUACAGUGACCCAUAUCACCAUAAGGUGGCUCAGCCUAAUUUCGACAUGGCGUGGGCCACGCCCCCUUUUUAAUGGCGGAAGUUGCCGAUACUUAGGAAAUAUUUAAUUAUUACCAUUUUGAAGACAUUUAAACUGGAAUGUUUUAAUUUGAGCUUUAAAAACCCUGCAGAGUCCAUAUUAUAAAUGAUCAGAAUUUUCCCUGUGCAACACGUUGUCAUUGGCAACCAUUCACAGCCACGUGCAUAACGGCUAUAUCGUAGUACUAUCUCAGAGUUUCAUUCAUAAGAGUUUGCCAUGUGCAAAAGCUAUUAAACCAUUGGUCAGGGAAAGCUUUUAUUAAUUAUUCAUGUGCCAAAGUUGAAAGUUUAAAAUAAGUCGACGCUAAACAGUAUUUUAGUGAUAAGGGAAUGCGUUGCCUUAUAUAAACUAUAUAGUCAUUGCGCAUGACGCGAUCAGCGGAAUGAGGUCACAGAAUGUGGAGAUGCAGUCCAUGUUAAAAAGGACAAACCAAGUCGUACUUUAAAAAUUCAUAACUUUAAAACUACAACAGCUAAAAAUAUGAUUUUGGUGUAAUAAUUCUGUAAAAAAAUUAGCUCUAUUCAACUGUGCCAUUGGUUUAUUUUUACAAAAUGUUUACAUUUUUGACCAAAGUAUCUACUUUCAUAGAUCUGACCAAGGCAUUCGACUUGGUAAGUUGGAGUGGCUUAGCAGUAUUUUGCAUAAAAUAGGUUGACUUCACUACUGCUCACAAUCAUACAGUCAUUUCACGAAAACAUGCUCAGCUCAGUAACCCUCAAUGGUGCUGUUUCUGAGGGACUCCCAAUCAGCAGUGGAGUAAAACAAGGUUGUGUAUUGGCAGGUACUGUGAAGACGGAGUGUACAUUCAAUCCAGGUCUGAUUGUAGAUAGGCUGUUCAAUGCCGCCUUCCUUCGUGCUAAGACCAAGUUAACAAAGGUGCUAAUUCGUGAACUGCUGUUCGCUGACGAUGCUGCCUUAACUGCUGUUCUCUGAUGAUGCCGCCUUAACUGCUGUUCGCUGACAAUGCCGCUUAAGCAUUGCAGACAGAAGAAGGUCUUAAGUGGAUAGUUAAUUGCCUGUAAUAUACUUUGGACUGUCAAUUAGUUUACAGAAAACAAAUAAUAAUAAUAAAGUUUAUUUCAAAAACACGCUUCACCCCCAAAGGAUCAAAGCGCAUGAUGUCAUGAUACAAGAAGCUCGAUGGCAGGAGAAGGCGUCUAACACAGCGGUUUUGGAAGGUGCAAAAAUUUGAAGCACAUUCUCCACUCUUAGCAAGAGGCGCCUUCGCUGGUUAGGCCAUGUAAGGAGAACGGAGAAAGGCAGUAUCCAAAGGAACCGCUGUAGGGAGAGUUGGCAGAAUGGGAAAGACUUAUUGGACGGCCGCAGCUGCGAUUUAAGGACAUUUGCAAACAGAGCAUGAGGGAAGCCAACAUAGAAAUCAAAUGGGAAAUCAUUGCGGAGCACCGCUCCAGCUGGCGAACUGCAGUUUAUAAAGGGGUAAAAAGACAGAAAGAUGCGCGAAAUAAAGUCCAGCUGGUGAGCAGCAGUUUAUAAAGGAGUAAAAAGGACAGAAAGAUGCGCGAAACAAAGUCCAGAAGGCGAGCAGCAGUUUAUCCAGGUUACAAAAGAACAUUAUGGAAGGCCAAAUUUAACCAGGAGUCAAGGUAGUAAGCCAUUUUAUGAAGUGUCCAUAGCUACUCCAUCGUCUUGUGAAACGGAGGGAUGCCAUAUAUUAUAAUAGCACUAAUUUAUUAUGUUUUAUUAUUAUAUUGCCUUGUUGUUGUUUUUUUUAUUCAUCAAAGGUUUUUUAUCAUUUAAUUAUUUUUUUCUUUAGUUCGAGCUGGUGGUCUUACACUUCAAACUCUAGACACUAUUAACAAGUGAGUAGUGAUGAUUCUUGCUUGCAAGAAUUUUAAUUACUAAGGAUAAGCAAAAAUUAUUUUGUAAAACGGUUAAUGACAUGUCACAUGAGCAUUGUAUUUGUUUGUUUGGAUGAAAGGUUUUAGUUGCUGACCUCUUUGAGCAAUUGUUUCCGUAUUCAGCUUAUCCUUCUGACCUAAAUUAGACACUCAGCUUAGUUUGGUAACUAUCAAGGCCUGACAAAUUUUCCUUUGACAGAUUAAAAAAAUAUUAAAAGAUCUUAAUUCUGUAAAGCAUUAUUUUCAAAUAUGAUUUUUUGUUUAAAUUUUUGUAAAUCACAAAAAAUAAAUUUAAUGAAUGAUAAAAAAAUAUAAUAAUAAAAAUAUAAGGAUUUUGCCUUGAAAAAUGUGCUUUUUUUUGUACCCUCUUUAAUUUUCUUUGUUUACCUAUAAAUGUAUUUUUUUUUUUUUAAAUAAUGUUUUAUUGUGAUACUUAAAUAUUUUGUUUCAAUAGGCAACUCAUGUGUCGAGGUUCCAGGGGCCUUCUUACAAAAAUUGUGGAAGUGAUGAAGAAGGAACCAACAACCUCGACCUUCAGGUUAUGGUUUGUUUCGUUUGAAUAUUUUUUUAAUUAAAAAAAAAAUUUACUUGUUAAGCUUUCUUUAGAGUUCAAUCUUAAAUGUUUGACACCUAUCUUGUGAGAAGGGAUGUUAAAUAUUUAUACUUUUUCAAGCAAUUUAUUAAGAAAUAUGCGGCAGGUUUCACCAAAUGCAUAAUUAUUCAGAAACUGCCAAAAGCUUAAAAAGGAAAUCUCUCUUGCAUCAGGUAAAGGACCUUAAGGAGCCAAUACCACUCCCUGGAAAUAGAGAAAAAAAUUACUCAUGUUCCAGAAAGUCCACCUUAUGCUGCCCUCACUCUCCCUACCAUACGUUUAAUUUUGACCAAUAUGACGGUGGCAAACAACAUCCCAGCACAUGUAGAGAGCGGGCGGCUGCCCUUUGAGUCAAUCGGGGUUACUACCCCUGUGAGUCUCCUAUACCCAUUUGGAGGGCCGCCAAGUGAGAAACUGUCAGGACUGCAGCAUCAAACUUCAAUGAUUAGUUUGGUGCUGUCAGUAAGGCGCUGGAAAGGGUGCAGAUGAGAGAAAACUUACAGUACAACCAGAUGUUGUGAUCUUCACUGAUUCACUGUCUGCUCUGAUGGGGUGAAAGAGUUGAUUGAUUUAUUGAAGUGAUGACCAUAUUCCUGACUUCUUGCAAGGACAAAGUUUGAGAACUUGGGAUCAUAUUUAAAUAAGAUAUUUGCAUUUAUGACUCUGUAUUGGUGUAAUCCUAUUUUCUUUAUUCAGGGUUCUCAUCAUUUGCUGCUUUAGGCAUCUCUAUAAUCUUUAAAUAAUUUCCACCUGUUCACCAUUUAAACACAUCUUUAUGAACAAAGUAAAAUUCAUUCAUUCAGUUGCUUUUUUUAAGAGAGGCGGGUUGUUUUGCUUGAAUUAGGCUGAUCAUUGGAGACGAUGUAAUAAAUAUACAGGGGCACCAUGCUAAUUAGCCUGAGGUCAGAUCAUGGCUAGGCUACAUGAAGUGGGAAUGUAUUAAGUGGAACUAAUUAAUGAUACCCUAAAUCAGUGGUCGGCAAAUCAUGGCUCCCCUGCCGCAUGCGGCUCUUCAGCGACUUGAGUAUGGCUCUGCCAAUCGGCCACAAAUCGGUUUUGACUCCGAAAAAUAUGGUUCUUGACAGGUUCUUGAAAAGAAAUAUGGCUCUCAAAACAAAUUUAAUCGCCCUGCUUCUGAUUUUCGGCUCUUUUGACUAAUGAGUUUGCCGACCACUGCCCUAAAUGGCUUUCAGCAACUAUGGAAUGUCAAAAGAUAAGGAAAUAGACCCAAAUGGAACCACAAGGGUUGGAGAGACCUAAGUGUCCAGAAAAAACAUGUCCCCCUGUAGAGUCUGACCAACUUGAACAUUCUCUGAGAUGUUUGUGACAGAACUUAUUAAAUAUUCUGGAGUUUCACCAGCUGAACACAAAAUUGUGAAAAUUAAAUGGAAAUUUUGUGGAAAGGAAGUGAAACCUGAUUUAACAGACAUUGAUGUGUUAAGCUACCAUUCGGUUAGUUGAUUCUCUUGCACAUAUGAUCAACAGGUUUUGGUUAGCAAGAGCAGUGGAAAGCUACUUACGAGGGGACACAUCAUACUGUGAUCAAAUCUUUCUCAUGAGGCGUGGUCUUCUAACAGUAAUUAAUUUUUUUUAAAUAUGUAUUUAUUGUCAUAAACUUUGCAGGUGUUAAAAUUAAGAUGGUUGAAAUUCAUAUUUUGAUUUUAUAUAGAUGUCUUGAUAGAUGUACAAUUUUUAAUUUAAAUGACAAAGUUUUUAUAUUAAAAAUUUUUAUUAGGCUCUAAUGAAUUUGUAUCUGGAAGCAUUUAAAAAUAUUUAUAUUCUCAUUUUUUUCCCAUGUCCACUGAAUGAAAUUAUUUUUGCAGCAUGUUGCUGGCAACAUAGUAGAGAAUGAGAUUCGCCACAAAGAGAUACUGCAGAGCAGCUUUGAUCUACUUGGAGAACUCAUAAAAUUCAAUAUCGUGGCUUUUAAAGCUUUUGAUGCUAUACUCACUACGGAAGAAAAGUUUGAGAAGUUUGUCACCAUGGUUAAUAGAAAUCUUGUGGACUCAAAUAUGUUCAUCCGGAGCUUGAUUUUGUCACUAGAGCAUUUUAGAGCGGAAGGAUCUGAGAAAAGUAAAGAUAAUUGUAAUUUGUUUUAAAUUCUGGCUGGUGCUAAAGAUUUCCUACUUUCCAUUCACAAUUUUAUUUUUGACAAAUAUGAUUACCUAUCAAGAUUGUGUGGCGGAAAGGAAAAAAAUCAUCUCCUGUUAAGCUAAAGGAUGAUAUAUUCACACAAUUUGGUUAACUGUAAUGGUGAAUAAGAUGAAUUUAUUAAAAGGCCAUGGUUUUUAUAGCACAAAUGAAUUUAUUGUAAAAUGGGACUUGUUUGUGAAGUGGGAUAAAGAUGACUCAUGCAGUCAGCCACUAGGGGAUAGUUACAGAUCAUAAACUGGCUCUGGCUGAAUGAUUGGGGCCAAAGUUCCAGAGGGGUCUACAAGUCAGAACUAAAGGCUUGGGGAAAAGGUCUUGGGCUAUUUCAUGUGUAACUAUUUGGAAAAUGUCUGGUAAAAAAAAUAAUAUAGUAAUAUAGGUCUAAGUUAUGGUACAUCUAAAGAAACGCGUCAACACAUUAUGUUGAACCAUGAUCGUCACUUUUUCUAGCUCACGAUGUUGUGUCUUUCCCUAGAGAGUUGAAUAUGUUAAAGUUUUAAUGUUCUUUUUGCAAUUUAAUUUAAAGAAAAAUACAAGAAACCUUUUUUUUUUUUUCUUUUAAAUUUUAAAAUGCAUUGUUGCUUUUUUUUUUUUUAAAGGGGUGCAAGAAUUAUUUAAAUAAUAUUUACGGGAUGUGAAACUUCUAAAAAAAAUUUAUUUUUUUUUUUUUUUUUUUAAAUUUUUAAAUUGUUUUUUUUUUUUUUUUUUUUUAAAGGGGUGCAAGAAUUAGUUAAAUAAUAUUUACGGGAUGUGAAACUUCUAAAAAAAAUUUAGUGGGUGCAGAGUCAGGGAACACAAGUUAAUUUUGCUACCAACUAAAACAGACAUCUAAUUAGGUAGUAGACCGAUACACUAAAAACAACCAUUUUAAGUUUAAGAAGAUUUGAGAUAUGAAAAGUUCCAUUGAUCCCCCAACUAAUUGUUGGCUAGACUGAUAUAAUUUAUUUUAAAAAAUACUCUUUAACUUUUAAAAUAAUAAAAACAGAGUCAAGGAAUGAAACAAAUUCAUCGCUCAACUUAUAUCCACAGCACUAAAUUUUGUGGGAUCUGCAGACGGUGAGAAAGGUGAAAAAAGAGACAGCAAGCUUGUAGGCUAUAUAGGAGAUUUUUCACGGCAGCUUGAGUACCUCUAUAAACUUAUCAACAUCAUCAGUGUCCAGAACCUUACCCAGGAGAAUGUCAGCUGCCUCAAUACAACUCUAGUGUUUCUCAUGUUUGCAAACAAACGCAACCAGCUGCCCAAGUAUUUGCAGGCACUCAGGGAUGAACAAGAUGAUGCCUUGGAAAAUGUUAACGGAUCCUCGAGUAUUCUUCAAAAUUUUAGGUGAGAGAUUAAAUUGUUAGAAUUUAUUAUAACAAAUAUUGUUUAGUAAUGUAACAAGUGUUUGAGAUGGCAGGUCAUGAAGAUGCAGGUCGAGCUGUGUAGGAUGACCUAAAUAAAGCAGUGCCCUGCAACUGGUUGGCCACAAGAUGAAGCUAGGUAUGCCACCAACAAUGCCCCCUCAAGAGGAGUAAAAGCAAAUAGUUUAUUUGUGUAGGCACAUCACUAAGAAAAACCAAGCUGAUACUAAAAGGAGAUGGGUGGGUUAUUAGCAAGCUGUCUGACUUUUUCAGUAAAAUAUCACAGAGUAAGUGAAAGUUAAAAUAAGUCACACAGACCCAAAAAUUUUAAUAGUCCAACGAAAACAAUGAGGAAAGAAUGUGUUGACGUCAUCAACGUAAUUGAAUUUAAAGAAUCAUAAGAACCGACUAAUUCGGCUAGUCAACUAACACUGAAUCAACAUGACUUUGUAUGGUCAAUGUGGAGCAAUACAAUGUAAUCUGAUACCUUUUAGCAUUCCAUGCCUAUAUGGAUGAUAACAACAAUAUUCUGUUAUUUAGUAUAAAUGUUCUACUUGCUCUUGUCAAUUUCACAUAUAUUUCAUAUGUUCAAAUAUAAUUUUGCAUGUUUUUCCUUGUGUUGGGCUAUGGAUCCCUUGGAAAGGGCUGCUUACUAACCAAUCUGAUGUUUUGUUACAUUUGCUCUCACUUCCAGAGACCUAUUGAUAUUCUGGCAAGAUCAUUAUUUACACAAAGACAAAGAUUGCAGUGCCUUGGAAAAGGUAAAUAGAGCAAUUUUAAAAUUUAACAAUUUUUUUAGUCAAUCCAUCUUAAAAGUUUGUACUGGAAAUUCCUGUACUUAUCUUAAAAGUGUUUUCAUACAUUUUGCUUUUUAUUUGUUCUUGUUAUUGGAAUCAUAUAUUCAUAUUUGAGGGUGGGGGUAGGCUGUUGGGAACAGAGUACAAGUAAUGAUAAUAUCUCUCAUUUUGAUGUCAUCUUUUUAAAAAAUGUUCUAGUUCAUCAUGGUUUGUUUUAUCAUUAGAUAUUCUACUACUAUACAUUGGUGAACGUUUAAAAAUAAAAUUUUGUUGUUUUGAAUCAAUUUAUUAUAAGGAGGUUAGGUUGAUUUAUUAUUGAACACGAGAGUACACCCUACAGGAUUUUUAUGGGAAAUAAAUUAUUUAAAAGAUUUGGUUUCUUGACAGUGUUAGCCAAACUCACUGUUUUACAUUGCUGCAUUAUCUUUUCAUUUUUGAUUUUACACUACUUCUGCACACCUGCUUUCUGUUCUCUCUUAAUAUUUGUGAGGGAGUUGUGUCCAUCCUUUUUGCUUUCUUUCCUUUUACUUAUUUAAUCGGUAGAAUAUGUAAAAUUGACCUUGAAGAAAUCCAUUCGGAGUAAAUGGUGAAUAAUUGAACUUGGAAAUAGCUAUUUGAGAUGCUAUUUUGGUUUUUUCAAAGUGUCCAAAAUUUUUGACUCAUUUAGCUUUUGAUUCCAAGCUUACCUCUCUGUUUCAUGCAACAAACGGCACUCAAACACUGUUUCUAAUGCAUACUUAAAACAAUACAAUUUGUUGUUCUUUAGAGUCAUAGAUUAUCUGCUUCUAAGGUUAAUAGAUAACCCUAUCUGUUGCGAACCGAUUCUCCAAAUACUCUCCAAACAACACUCAAUCACAUUAUACAUUCAAGUCCUUAACUCUAACCUAAGCCGGAAAACCACUUAAAGCUAUGUGUUUUUUUUUUUUAAAUUUAUUCUUCUAAGUAGACAAAUUAUAUAAGAGCUUAGGCAUGGCUUUAAAAAGAGUUUGGUUGGUCAUAGUUCAUUCCAACUGUAUAACUGCCUUCUUUCAAAUUAGUCUAGCUAUUUCCUUUUUCUAGAUAUAAAGUGUGUGCACUUUCACUCAACAGAGCUCCAAAUUUGGUUGGUCAUAGUUCAUUCCAUCUGUAUAACUGAAAUCUUUCAAAUUAGUCGUAGUUAUUUCCUUUUUCUAGAUAUAAAGUGUGUGCACUUUCACUCAACAGAGCUCCAAAUUUGGUUGGUCAUAGUUCAUUCCAACUGUAUAAGUUAUAACUGAAUUCUUUCAAAUUAGUCGUAGUUAUUUCCCUUUCUAGAUCUAAAGUGUGUGCACUUUCACUCAACAGAGCUCCAAAUUUGGUUGGUCAUAGUUCAUUCCAACUGUAUAACUGAAUUCUUUCAAAUUAGUCGUAGCUAUUUCCUUUUUCUAGAUAUAAAGUGUGUGCACUUACACUCAACAGAGCUCCAAAUUUGGUUGGUCAUAGUUCAUUCCAACUGUAUAACUGAAUUCUUUCAAAUUAGUAGUAGUUAUUUCCUUUUUCUAUAUAUAAAGUGUGUGCACUUUCACUCAACAGAGCUCCAAAUUUGGUUGGUCAUAGUUCAUUCCAACUGUAUAACUGAAUUCUUUCAAAUUAGUCAUAGUUAUUUCCAUUUCUAUAUAUAAAGUGUGUGCACUUUCAUUCCACAGAGUUCCAAAAUCAGCUUUGCUUAUUGGAAGAUGACUGUCUCCAUGCUGGUAUCGGAUGACAAGAGUCUGCCAACGUCGGUAUCCUACUACAUUAACCCCUUGCCAAGUGACAGGACCAAUUAGCCACUGCGCCUUUCCUUCCAUACAUUGUAAAUAUGGUCUUUGUACAUAACUCCGGGAAUGAAAGCCGCUCUUGGUAUUAUUUAAGUCAUUUUUUAAAAAAUAAAUCUUAAUGUCAAUGUUAAAUUUUACUGUAAGGAAAGAAUUCGAAUGAGAUUCCAUUUGAUCAGAAUAGGACAGUUGGUGUCACGGCUAUAUUUCCUUCUGCAAGUUUAAAGAGCCAUAAAAAAAUAUGUUAUGUAAAUAUCUUAGAAAACAUUGUAAUGACCUGACCUAAAUAAGUUCAUGACCUCUCAUGGGUUUGAAGAACACUAUUGAAAAUGUUUUGUUUAUAAUGACAUAAGCCUUUAUACAAGAGGCUGACAUUACUGCCAGUGAUGUCUCUUUGAAAUGACACUCAUUGCUUUGUUGCUCCAUUAUGGACUAUGCAAAAAUGGACAUGAAGCUUCACCACGUUCUUAAAUGUGAGGCUUGUCUAAAAAUAUUUAGUCUAUAUUGUUUGGAAACACUGUUACAUCGCUUUCAUCAGUGAAUUGUAAAUUCAUUUCAGAAUUUUAAAAAAAUCAAGCCAUAUUUGCAUAUCCUCAGUAAGAGGAACAAAUGAGAUGGAUUUUUAAAUUAAAAAAAAAAUAUUCCAUAAAAGAUUAAUAACCAAAUGAUAAA